GCAGUGCUCCUGCCGCGGCCGCUCAGCCCGCCGCCUGCCUCGAGACCGUGCCUCCGGGCUGAGGCUCCGCCGAGAUCCGGGCGUGCUCGGAGCUCCGCGGGACCGGGAUCGGCCCUGAGUCUCCGGGACGUCUUGGAUCGGCCGACUUUGGAGGCUCCUCCGGCGAGGCCGCGGCGGUGGCCACAACCGCGGAGCCCGAUGUGCACAGCGGGCGGGAGAGCCAGGCUGGCGGCGGCUUCGGGGAGGAAGGCUCGCACGUGGGGCCGCGGGACACGGAGGCGCACGUGGCUCUGAGCCGCGCUGCCCUCUGGCCGCGGGCUCCCGGCCCCGAGAACAUGACCACGGCCCAGAACGGCCACGGGCGCGGAGCUGCGGACCCCUGCCCGGUCUCGGACCCCAAAGACCCCGGCAUGGGGACCUACCCCGGGUGUCGGAACGGAGGCUGCGACGGCGGGGGCGCGGGCGCCCGGGAGGCCCGGCUCAGCCCGGCCCGCCUCCUGCGCCUCUUCUCGGCGGGCGCCGGCAGGACGCGCGCUGACCCGGAGCGGCCCCGGCCCGCCGGCCUCGUCGUGGGCAGCGCCUCCACGUGGAACGCUCUGGCCUCCUUCCGGAAAAUGGGAUCUUUCAAGAAACUCAAGUCCUCUGUGCUCCAGGGAAUCCAGAACCGGGAGGGGUGGGAUGCUGCGAAGGAGGGGACCUCGGAACACGGCCUGGGGCAGCCCGUCCCCAACGGCGCGCCGGCCAGGCCCCCGACGGCCAGGUGCGCCGCGGGGCCGUCCGACGGCUCGGACCCCGAGGAGGCCGACGACGAUGGCUUCGCCCGCGGCGCCCUCCGGUCCCGCAGCAUCCGCCGCGCCUACGGCCUGGGGCGCAUCCGCCUUCUGGACCCCGAGCCACCAGCCCCGGAGCCCGCGGAGCGCGAGGUCCCGGCGCGAGAGCCCGAGCGCAACGGCGUCUGCAGGCGCAGCAAGAGCACCGACAGCCUGACCUUCCUCAAGAAGAGCUCCUUCCGACGGAAGUCGGCCUCGCACCUGCCCGAGCCCCAGGGCCCCCGAAGGACGCUCAGCGGCUCGUCCGCCGACUCCGACAGCUCGGGCGGGGCCCCCGCACGGCCCAGGCGCUGGGCGAACCCGCUGCGGGCCCAGGACCUGGCCCGGAUGCUGCGGCUCGGGGGCAGCCGGCCCGGGGGCUCGGGGGGCGCAGCGCCGGGGCUUCGGCCGCACAGCCGACUGCACGACGACUACUCCCGCCGCUCGGCCCCCGGCCUGGCCGAUGCUCCUCGCGCCCGCAGCCCUCCCGCCAGCCCCCCGGCCCCGCAGGUGCCGGGCGGAGGCUCCGAUGAAGCCAGACCCGGCGGCCCGAUAACCGUGGAGGCCGAGCUUCCUCCUGGUCCCCCGAGGCCCACCACGCCCAAGCCCCCCAGCCCUCGGAGCCCCGGUGCAGCAAGCGGCAAGUGUCCCAGCAGUGUCAGCGCGCUGUCGCUGAGUUCCGUGGACAGUGAGGAGAGGGCAGAGGGGCCCAGCCAAAGGGACCAAGGUCCUGGGCCCUUCCCGGAUGCUUCGCAAGCCACCUGUGACCAGGGCAGUGAGGACAGCGGUGCCGGCAGCCAGGCUCCGUCCAGCCUCGGAGGGGCGGCCCCUUCCGAAGAAAAGGCGGAGGAGGUUGUGCCUGAGGAGUCCUGGAGGCCGGCCUCGCCCCCCGAGGAAGAGAGGACGGAGGCUCAGAGGAUGACCAGGAGGAGGUGGGGUUCCGGGACGAGGGCCAGGCCCCGGCCGCUCUCCGACUACGGCCAGUUGGUCAGCCGAAGUGUGUCCAUUCCCGAGGACUCCAUCGCCACAGACCCCCAGAGAGAGGACACAGAGGAUGGAGUCCAGCAGCCCAGCUGGGCCUCCACCGACCCUGCGGACCAGACCCCUGCGGGCGGCGGCCCCCGAGGGGGCCCGAGACGCCGCCCCAUUUCCGUGAUCGGCGGGGUGGGCUUCUACGGAAGCAGCCAGACAGAGGACGCGGAGACCCUUCUGCCCCAACCCGCGGCCCGGCCGCCCCCGCCAGCCCACCAGGUGCCGCCCUACAAGGCGGUGUCUGCCCGGCUGCGGCCCUGCGUCUUCUCCCAGAGCACCCCCAUCGGGCUGGACCGCGUGGGACGCCGGCGGCACAUGAGAGCAUCCAACAUUUCUGCAGACGGAGGUGCCGAGUCGUCGGCCUUAGUGGAUGACAACGGCAGCGAGGGGGACUACAGCUAUGAAGACCUCUGUCGGGCCAGCCCCCGAUACCUGCAGCCGGGCGGGGAGCAGCUGGCCGUCAACGAGCUGAUCAGCGAUGGCAGCGUGGUCUGCGCCGAGGCGCUCUGGGACCACGUGACCAUGGACGAGCAGGAGCUGGGCUUCAAGGCGGGGGACGUCAUCCAGGUCCUGGAAGCCUCGCACAAGGACUGGUGGUGGGGCCGCAGCGCCGAGAAGGAGGCCUGGUUCCCGGCCAGCUUCGUCAGACUGCGCGUCAAUCAGGAGGAGCUGGCGGAGGCCCCCGGCGGCCCCGCGGGCGAGCAGCCCGAGGAAAGCGCGGGCAGGAGCCGCCACAAGCACCCCGAGAGCCCGCAGCAGAUGCGCACCAACGUCAUCCAGGAGAUCAUGAACACCGAGCGCGUGUACAUCAAGCACCUCCGUGACAUCUGCGAGGGCUACAUCCGACAGUGCCGCAAGCACACGGCCAUGUUCACGGUUGCGCAGCUCACCACCAUCUUCGGAAACAUUGAGGACAUUUACAAAUUCCAGAGAACGUUCCUGAAAGACCUCGAGAAGCAGUACAAUAAAGAGGAACCUCACCUGAGCGAGAUCGGCUCCUGCUUUCUCCAGCACCAAGAGGGCUUCGCCAUCUACUCCGAGUACUGCAACAACCACCCGGGCGCCUGCGCCGAGCUGUCGGGGCUGAUGAGGCAGGGCCGCUACCGCCACUUCUUCGAGGCCUGCCGCCUCCUGCAGCAGAUGAUCGACAUCGCCAUCGACGGCUUCCUCCUGACGCCCGUGCAGAAGAUCUGCAAGUACCCGCUGCAGCUGGCCGAGCUGCUCAAGUACACCACGCAGGAGCACAGCGAUUACAACAACAUAAAGGCAGCGUACGAGGCCAUGAAGAACGUCGCCUGUUUGAUCAACGAGCGAAAACGCAAGCUGGAAAGCAUAGACAAGAUAGCGCGGUGGCAGGUGUCCAUCGUGGGCUGGGAGGGGCAGGACAUACUGGAGCGCAGCUCGGAGCUGAUCCACUCUGGGGAGCUGACCAGGGUCACCAGGCAGGGCAAGAGCCAGCAGCGGACCUUCUUCCUGUUCGACCACCAGCUGGUGGCCUGCAAGAAGGACCUGCUGCGGAGGGACGUGCUCUACUACCGGGGCCGCACGGACAUGGACGCCGUGGAGCUGGUGGACCUGGAGGACGGCCGCGACGGCGCCUGGAACCUCGGCGUCAGGAAUGCCUUCAAGCUGGUCAGCAGGGCGGGCGGCGAGGUGCACCUGUUCUGCGCCAAGAAGCCCGAGGACAAGGCGCGGUGGCUGCAGGCCUGCCGGGACGAGCGCCGGCGGGUGCAGGAGGACCACGCGAUGGGAAUGGAAAUUUCAGAAAACCAGAAGAAACUCGCCAUGUUAAAUGCUCAAAAGGCAGGACACGGAAAGUCAAAAGGCUACAGCGGAUGCCCUGCGGCGCCCCCACACCAGAACCUCCGGCCGGUCCACCAGCGCCACGUCACGGUGCCCACCAGCAUCCCGCAGCAGCAGGUGUUCGCCCUGGCGGAGCCCAAGCGGAAGCCUUCCAUCUUCUGGCACACCUUCCACAAGCUCACCCCCUUCAGGAAGUGACCCCCGGCCAGGCCGAGGGGCGUCCACGUGCCCCUUCUGGGCUCAAUCCGAGGCGUUGGACUGGUGCUGAAAACCUCUCCUGGGGACUCAGCAAAAGGGACCAGCUUCGCCUCCCGUCUCAGAGACCCAGCCGCCUCCUGGCGGUGGGAGGGGCGUGAUGCCAGGCUCCUCUGGGCCCCACGUGACCCACUGAGGUGGCCGAGGCUGGGAGCCAGCGCUGACUCUGAAGUGAUUCUGGACCCCGGAGCAUCACGGAUGAGGAGGAGCUGCCGUCCAGGCCCCGGUGGGCUGUGGGCUGCUAACUCCCCUCGCUCCCUGCCGAAGGCGGUCAGAGUCACUUUGCUUUUGCUUUCGAAGGGGGUGGGCGGGUCAGGGCUAUCCCUCUCUUCGUGGUCUGGGGGGUCUGUGCAGCCCUGCAGGGGCCCCGGGUCCCCUGGCGUCUUCCAGAUCCACAGUUGCCACGUAGUGGUGCCAGCCUGCCCUACCUCCAUCCCACCGCAGGGCCAGGUGGACAGGGCGGCGCCCCCGCCCGGUCCAAGCCCUGCAGGGCUCAGUGACACAGGCAUUCCGAGGACACCUCAGGGGAGGGCAGUCCACUGCUGGCCGGUGCUCCCUGCCCGGGUCGGACUCCCCGAGCAGGACCCUGAGAAAGGACUCGCACGUCUGUCCGCAGCAGAAAAACCCAUUUCCUCUAGUUUGAUGGUGAAGCGAACGAGCAGAUGCACCAGCUGAAGGGCGGUCUUUCCUUCCUUUGCCUCUGUCCUCCCCAGUCGAGUGACAGGGACAGGUGCCGUCUUCCCCUGAAAAUCACGAGACCCAAGGGUCCCGCUUCCUCCUUGCUCAGAGCUGAUGUGGCUGCAUAGACCCCAUUGAAGUGCCCCUCGUGCCAGUCCCCCAUCAGCAGGAGAGACCGAACAGACCCCGACUCAGAGAGCAGCCUUUGCUAACCAAGGCCAGGCAGGCCGAGACCUGUCGGCACUGACCCCUUGCCUGUGUCUAGAUGGUAGAUUUCGGUGAAAGUAACUGGCGCAUGUGCGGUGAGGGACACGGACUGUGCCAGGGAGAGGCCCUUCCGCUUGCGGGGGUCCCACUCCCACCCUGUGGUCUCUGCUUGAGGAUAAACGCUCCCGGACUGUCCCCCGUAGGGGACACCUGAGCCUCCGGGCGUGGGCCCCACGCCCACCCAGAGCGGCCCCGGCCUGGCUGGAGGGUGGUGCGGCCUUGGGCACAGCCUUGGGGCCCUUGGUGCUCCAGGGCCGGGACAGAGGCUGCCUCGUGAACAGAUUUCUCGGUUUUAUAUAUACAUUGCAUUUAUAUAACUGACCUUUUUUACUAACAAGAUAGAAUGACAUAUUUUGAAGACUGUACUUCAUAUGCUUUUCAUAAGCCCCCUUCAGCCAAAACUGGGUUACAUAGCAUUGUUUGUAUAUCCUGCAGUUUUGAACAGUUGCGUGGCUUGUGGGGUUUUUUUGAACCUAAGAGAAUUACUCUGAAGAAGUAGAGAAUCAUUUGCUCACGUGACAUUCCAGGCAGGAUUCUGCUCCAGUACAGAAGCACCCAGAGGGCCCCCCCCAAUGCCCACCACAGGGACCAAGGACUUGCGGCGCUGCCAGCAGCUGUGCUCUGCCGAGCCCUGCCUCCAGACAUGCAUGUCCCACCCCCCCACCCACCCCCGCCACUGCACAGGUCCCUCGUCAGAUGUCCCUCCUGGACGGCUUGAGCUUGGGCAUCCAGGUGAUUUGAAAACCACUACAGUGUGUUUGAGAGGAUGGAACAUUCUAUGACUUGAAAUCUGUGUGUCUAACUCGGCUUUAUCCCAAACGCCUGAGUUUUCUGCGGAGCGGAUGACUCCGUCUUCUGUUUCACAUCCGCCCAACUCCCUUCCUGAUGUGAGUCCUGUGUUGCACUGGGAGAAAAGGAGAAAAAGCCCGGGCUCCUGUAGAGUGUGUAUGAGUUUCAUUGGGAAUCUUGCUUUCUCCAGGAAAUGGUAGGAAAUCUGCACAAUGUGGGUGGAGGGCCCCCCCCCAAAAAAAAGCUGGCUUAACAUCUGGAUGACUUUCACUCUACUGCCAUUCAUGUUUGGGAAUUGCCAGCACGGUUGAGAGACCUCUGGGAUGGCCUUCGCGGUGUCUGUCCUGCCCACACAUGUAACCGCCUUGCGGUAGUUGUCAAACAGUCCGAAAACAGCAUAUCUGUAACGUCAUGGAAGAAUAGCCCUCUCUGUUUCUGGAAAAAAAGGGGGGAAAGCGGCAGCGGUUUGCGGGCGCUUUUCUGGGGACGCCUUCCGUGUGGCUUUGCUCGCAGGAGAUCUGCUCUUUGUCCCCUGGUAGACCUGGUUUCAGAGGUGGGAACCCGCUACUCCCAUCUCCGCGCUCCUCCUGAGUCCUUUGGUGCCUUGCAUUCCUAAUCCCAAGGCGGAACCCCAUGCCUGUUCAGAAAACCCCCUCAAGGGUGCGUUGCUGUUGUGUAGCCACAGAGCAAAGGUGCGUUUCAUUCCAGCUCUGUUUCUCAGUGGAGAUCAGCGUGUUAGCGGUUGGGCAUCCCUGCUCGCCCAGGUUAUUCCUCGUGCAGACGCGCUUACUCACCCAGCAGCCCGACCCCUGACCCCCAACCCCCCACCCCCCCGAGUUAGGGAGGGAGCUGCAGUGGAACGUUUUGCCACCGUUUGGUGCCAACACAUGUGGGUAAGCGUCCCUUCGAUGUGGCACAAAUCAGUGAGGUCACACUGCCCCCAAACAGUUGUCCCCAUCAUAAGCUUAACGUCCAAAUGGUCUCCCUGUUAAAAUUUCCCCUGGCUACUGCUUCUCUCAGGACAGAUGCCGUGAAGCAUGAGGUCCCAAGAUCCUGAAGAUGACAAGCAGCAACUGUCUGAUCUUAGGGGAAAAAAACCCGGAAAUGUAAAUAUUUGUUGCAAAUUUAGUUACAACAAACUUACCAUCACCCUCCUUAGUUGUUUUAAGUAUCUGACUCUCGUAUGAGAAACUACCUAACUGGCUCUGUACUUUUAACUACUGUUGGUCUUUUUUUUUUUUUUUUUGUAAAUAUUAGCAUCUAUUGUGUUUGAUGUACCUACUUUGCAAAGCUUUUGGUGACCUGUUGCUUCCAUUCGAACUCAUCAAGACGCUGUCACCUGUGUAUGUCAACUGACAGCUUCCAGACCGAUGCAGAAGCCGUCGACAGCUGACGUGCGCUGCCCAAGAUCGCUGCGACUUGAUACGUAUUUUCUUUGAAUGAAGUUUUUGUAAAAUAUAUAUAUAUAUUUACAAUGUUAUUUUGAUGAUUUCCUGUAAAUGCUGUGAAUCUAUAUUUGUUGUUUUGUAUCUUAUAUAUUAAAGUUAAUUUGCCAAA